AUGGCGCAGGGCAGCGGCUACCUCAAGAAGGGCAAGAAGAGCGUCAAGAACGCGGGCUCCAAGCCCUCCAAGAAGGCCGUGAGCUACUCGCACAAGAAGUCGGCGGCCAAGUUCACCAAGAAAGGGAACCCCACGACGGAGAUCCGGCGCGGCUGCAGCGGCAUGAAGAACAACGGCAGCAAGGCCGUGACGGGCUUCAUCAACCAGAACCUGGAGAACAUCAUGGCCAGUCGCGUGCUGCAGGCGGGCACGACGCUGGCGCUGAGCGACGUCAAGGCGCACGGCAAGGAGCGGCUCAAGGAGAUCAACCAGCACGCGCGCACCAAGAAGAAGAGCCGCGUGGCGCAGAAGCUGGCGGCGCUGGAGCGGUCCAUCAAGGAGCAGGAGGAGGGCGGCACCAGGCGCAAGCGCCCCACGGCCGCGGCGGUCGUCUCGCACUCCUCGUAG